AUGGGCACGGUGCUGUCUCUUUCCCCCGCCUCCUCGGCCAAGGGCCGGAGGCCCGGCGGGCUGCCCGAGGAGAAGAAGAAGGCGCCGCCCUCGGGAGACGAGGCGCUGGGGGGAUACGGGGCGCCGCCAGUAGGCAAGGGCGGUAAAGGCGAGAGCCGGCUCAAGCGGCCGUCCGUGCUCAUCUCGGCGCUCACCUGGAAGCGUCUGGUGGCCGCGUCUGCCAAGAAGAAGAAAGGCAGCAAGAAGGUGACGCCCAAGCCGGCGUCCACCGGCGCCGACUCCCUGGUCCAGCAACGCAACCGCGAGAACCUUCUCCGCAAGGGUCGGGACCCCCCCGACGGCGGCGGCGCCGCCAAGCCCCUGGCGGUGCCCGUGCCCACCGUGCCCGCGGCCGCCGCCACCUGCGAGCCGCCGUCGGGGGGCAGCGCCGUCGCCCCACCUCCAGGCUCGGGCGGAGGGAAACCGCCGCCGCCGCCGCCCCCAGCCCCGCAGGCGGCGCCGCCGGUACCUGGUGGCUCGCCGCGGCGGGUCAUCGUGCAGGCGUCUACGGGAGAGCUGCUGCGCUGCCUGGGCGACUUCGUGUGCCGACGCUGCUACCGUCUCAAGGAGCUAAGCCCAGGCGAGCUGGUGGGCUGGUUCCGCGGAGUGGACCGCUCGCUGCUGCUGCAGGGCUGGCAAGACCAGGCCUUCAUUACGCCCGCCAACCUGGUGUUCGUGUACCUGCUGUGCCGCGAGUCGCUGCGCGGGGAUGAGCUGGCGUCGGCCGCCGAGCUGCAGGCUGCCUUCCUCACCUGCCUCUACCUCGCCUACUCCUACAUGGGCAACGAGAUCUCCUACCCGCUCAAGCCCUUCCUCGUGGAGCCCGACAAGGAGCGCUUCUGGCAACGCUGCCUGCGCCUCAUCCAGCGGCUCAGUCCGCAGAUGCUGCGGCUCAACGCCGACCCCCACUUCUUCACGCAGGUCUUCCAAGACCUCAAGAACGAGGGCGAGGCCGCUGCCGGCGCCGGGGGUCCUCCCAGCGGGGGAGCGCCCGCGGCCUCCUCCUCCUCGGCCGCCAGGGACAGCUGCGCGACUGGAGCCAAGCACUGGACUAUGAACCUGGACCGCUAG